AUGGCAUUUGCGGUGAAGGAAAUCAAUGAAAACCCCCAGCUCUUGCCCAAUGUCACCUUGGGCUUCCACAUCCGUGACAAUUACAUGCAUGAACAAGAGACCUAUCACGCUACAAUAAAACUUCUCUCUACAAAGAACAGAUUUAUUCCCAACUACAAGUGUGACUUCCAGAACAAUCUGAUAGCAGUCGUUGGAGGAGCUGAAGCAAAAACUUCUCUCUACAUAGCAACUGUGUUAUCCAUCUACAACAUUCCACAGCUUCACCACUUUCUGAAAAGUGUCUCAUUUAAUAACAGUGCUGGGGAGAAAAUUUCAUUUGAUGCCAGUGGAGAAGUUGCAACAAGGUAUGAUAUUAUCAACCGGCUUGCUUUCCCAAAUCAAUCUUUUUUCAACGUGAAAAUUGGGGAGAUUCAUCCAGAAGCUCCAGCAGACCGAAUGCUUACCAUUAAUGAAGAGAGGAUCACAUGGAACAGUUGGUUUAACAAGACACAGCCCCUUUCUGACUGCAGUGAAAGUUGCCAUCCAGGUUCUAGAAAGCAAAUUAUAGAGGGGGAGCCAUUUUGCUGCUAUGACUGCACACCAUGUCCAGAAGGGAAGAUUUCUAGUCAGAAGGACUUGGAUGAGUGUAUCCAGUGCCAACAAGAUCAUUAUCCAAACAUGGGACGAAACCAGUGCAUUCCCAAAGCCGUCUUUUUUUUGUCUUAUGAAGAGCCACUGGGGAUCACUUUAGUGACUUUUAUCAUUUCCUUUUCUUCCAUCACUCUUUUUGUGCUAGGAAUCUUUAUAAAGUACCACAGCACCCCCGUUGUCAAAGCCAACAACAGGAACCUCACCUAUUGCCUCCUGAUCUGCCUCCUCCUUUGCUUUCUUUGUGCUCUGCUCUUCAUUGGUCAACCACAACUGGUGUCCUGUCUCCUCCAACAAGUCAUUUUUGGCAUGGUCUUUUCAGUUGCCAUUUCUUGUGUGCUGGCAAAAACUGUCAUGGUGGUUCUGGCUUUCCUAAGUGUCCAACCAGGAAGCAACCUGAGGAAGUGGGUGGGGAAAGGAGUGGGCAAUUCAAUUGUGAUUUCCUGUUCCUUUUUCCAAGCAGUCCUUUGUUUUGUGUGGCUGGCCACUUCUUCCCCAUUUCCGGAUGUUGACAUGCACUCAGAGACUGAAGCAGUUGUACUGGAAUGCAAUGUGGGGUCUGUCACCCUAUUUUACUGUGUCUUGGGCUACAUGGGCUUUCUGGCCAUUGUUAGCUUUGUGGUGGCUUUCUUGGCUAGGAAUCUUCCUGACAGUUUUAAUGAAGCCAAAUUCAUCACUUUCAGUCUCUUGGUCUUUUGCAGCGUUUGGAUCUCUUUUGUUCCCACUUACCUGAGCACCAAGGGAAAAUCCAUGAUGGCCCUGGAGAUCUUCUCCAUCUUAGCCUCCAGCGCUGGCUUUCUGGGUUGCAUCUUUGCCCCCAAGUGUUAUAUUAUUCUUCUGCAGCCUGAGCUGAACAAAAGGGAAUAUAUGAUAAGAAGAAAUAGGCAAUAA